CCGGGGCCGGGCCGGGCGGGGCCGGGCGGUGAGGGAAGAGCGGCGGUGCCGCCCCAGCCCGCGCCCCGCUCCGCACCGGCACUGACACCGACACCGCACCCACACCGACACCGGACCCACGGGCAGCAGGGCACGUGAAAUGGCUGCAGAUGACAAACGAUCUCCGACACUGGACUCUACCGGUGAUCUACCUCAUUCUCCCAGCAGUCCGUCUCAUCUCACUCACUUCAAACCCCUGACUCCUGACCAGGAUGAACCUCCUUUUAAAUCAGCCUACAGUUCUUUUGUAAAUCUCUUCCGUUUCAGCAAAGAUGACAGCAGGCUUUCAUCCCCGGCAGAGAGAGCAGAGGCAGGACAGAGUGAUCCACAAGCAUUGAGUGGUGGCUGGUCCAGUCCUCAGCAUCCCACCAGGGCUCAAUCUCUGCGAUCACCGAUUCCUUACAAAAAACAACUGACUGGUGAACUGCAAAGAAGAUCAUCUGCGACUCUGGACAAUCGAAGGAAAGUAGAACCACCUCUUGGAGGUCAUGAUCCUCGAACAGCAGUUCAGUUAAGAAGUCUCAGCACUGUUUUAAAACGCCUCAAAGAAAUCAUGGAGGGGAAGAGCCAGGACAGUGACUUGAAGCAGUACUGGAUGCCUGACAGCCAGUGCAAAGAAUGUUAUGACUGCAGUGAGAAAUUUACCACCUUUCGGCGAAGGCACCACUGUCGACUUUGCGGGCAGAUCUUCUGUAGUCGAUGCUGCAAUCAGGAAAUCCCUGGAAAAUUCAUGGGCUACACAGGGGAUCUCCGAGCCUGCACUUACUGCCGUAAAAUAGCCUUAAGCUAUGCACACUCCACAGACAGUAACUCCAUUGGAGAAGACUUAAAUGCUUUGUCCGAUUCCGCAUGUUCUGUGUCAGUGCUGGAUCCCAGUGAGCCGCGCACACCCGUUGGGAGCCGUAAAGCCAGCCGCAACAUCUUUCUGGAGGAGGACCUAACCUGGCAAAGUUUGAUUCACCCAGACUCUGCAACUACCACAUUGUCUGCACGCCUUGGCUCUGUCCAGGAGGAUGCAGGGAAGUCACCAGCUAGAAACAGGUCAGCCAGCAUCACUAACCUGUCCUUGGAUCGGUCGGGCUCACCCAUGGUGCCUGCUUACGAGACGUCGGUCAGCCCCCAGGCCAGUCGCACUCAUAUGAAGGCAGAGACCAGCGAGGAUGAGCGGAAAAUCCUUCUGGACUCAGUCCAGCUGAAAGAUCUGUGGAAGAAAAUCUGCCAUCAUAACAGUGGGAUGGAGUUUCAGGACCAUCGCUACUGGUUGCGGACACAUCCCAACUGCAUUGUGGGAAAAGAGCUGGUCAACUGGCUCAUCAGAAAUGGGCACAUAAGCACAAGGGUCCAAGCCAUUGCAAUAGGACAGGCAUUGGUUGAUGGCCGCUGGCUGGAAUGUGUCAGUCAUCAUGAUCAGCUCUUCAGAGAUGAAUAUGCUCUCUACAGACCGUUACAGAGCACGGAGUUCUCGGAAACCCCGUCUCCAGACAGUGACUCUGUGAACUCUGUAGAGGGGCACUCGGAGCCAUCCUGGUUCAAAGACAUCAAGUUUGAUGACAGUGACACAGAGCAGAUUGCCGAUGAAGGAGAAGAUAACUUAGCCAACUCCGCCAGCCCUAGCAAGCGCACUUCAGUCAGCAGCUUCCAGUCCACAAUGGACAGUGAUUCGGCCGCCUCCAUCAGCCUGAACGUGGAGCUGGACAACGUGAACUUCCAUAUCAAGAAGCACUCCAAGUACCCACAUGUGCCCCCUCACCCUGCCGACCAAAAAGAGUACUUGAAUCCUGAAAACGGAGGGCAGCAGAUGUUCUCUAUAAGUGAUGCUUUUAUAAAAGAGUCAUUAUUCAACAGAAGGGUGGAGGAGAAGUCCAAAGAACUCUUUUUCACGCCCCUAGGCUGGCACCACAGCAAUCUGGAUCUGCUGAGAGAAGAGAAUGGGGAGAAACAAGCCAUGGAAAGACUGCUGUCUGCUAAUCACAACCACAUGAUGGCACUGCUUCAGCAGCUGCUAUACAAUGAAUCCCUGUCACUGUCCUGGAGGGAUAUCAUUGUACCUGUGGUCUGCCAGGUGGUUCAAACAGUACGGCCUGAUGUCAAGAACAGAGAUGAUGACAUGGAUAUCCGCCAGUUUGUCCACAUCAAAAAAAUCCCUGGUGGAAAGAAAUUUGACUCCAUGGUGGUGAAUGGAUUUGUUUGCACUAAGAAUGUUGCACACAAAAAGAUGAACUCUUGCUUAAAAAAUCCCAAAAUUCUUCUGCUGAAGUGCUCAAUUGAGUAUCUCUAUCGAGAAGAAACAAAGUUUACCUGUAUUGAGCCAAUAGUACUUCAGGAAAGGGAGUUCUUGAAGAACUAUGUGCAGCGGAUAGUUGAUGUCAGGCCUAAUUUGGUCCUUGUCGAGAAGACUGUGUCCCGAAUUGCCCAGGACAUGCUCUUGGAGCAUGGGAUCACUCUGGUCAUCAAUGUCAAGCCGCAAGUACUGGACCGCGUAAGUCGAAUGACCCAGGGAGACUUAGUGAUGUCAAUGGAUCAGCUGUUGACCAAACCACGUUUGGGAACCUGUCAUAAAUUUUAUAUGCAAGUUUUUCAGUUGCCCAAUGAUCAGACAAAACCCCUGAUGUUCUUUGAAGGGUGUCCUCAGCACCUGGGUUGCACUAUCAAGUUGUGUGGUGCAGCAGAGUACGAGCUGGCUCGUGUGAAGGAGAUCCUCAUCUUCAUGGUCUGUGUGGCUUAUCAUUCCCAGCUAGAAAUCUCAUUCCUUAUGGAUGAGUUUGCCAUGCCCCCUACUCUCACCAAAAACACCUCCUUUCACUCCCUUAUUGAGGAGCCAGGAGAUGAAAAUGAAGAACAGAACCUCUUCAAUGGUGAGGAUUUCAGCACAGCAGUCAAAGACAUUGAACUAUCCUCUGAAAAGUUGCCUGUAAUCUCUGAGCCAGUGUCCUCUGAUGAGGUCAGCUUGCUUGAACCAAGAGGUUUAUUUGAGAGAGGUGAUCAAGAGAACAAUCAGCUGGAAACAGUGUCGUCAAAACAGCAAGAGCAUCACAAAGUGGAGUCACCCUUUGCAGUCUUCAACUCUGUACCUCUUGCAAUACCUGAAACAUCCCUGCUGCCCCUCCAUGGCAUGGACCAGCACUUGGUCGCUCUGGAUAGCCAGGCAUUAGAGCCUCUUCAACAGACAGAUGAUUUGCAGGGGUCCAAGAGUCAGAUGAGAGUCUUCAGAGACCCUCUCCAGGAUGAUACUGGUUUAUAUGUCGCAGAAGAGGUAACUUCAUCUGAGGAUCGUCUCAAGACUUACUCUGCAGCAUUUAAACAGGAGUUGAAAGAUGUCAUUCUCUGUAUUUCUCCAGUACUGACAUUCCGUGAACCUUUUCUUUUGACUGAAAAAGGCAUGAGAUGUCCUGCCCGGGAAUACUUUCCUGAGCAAGUUUAUUGGUCUCCCCUCCUCAAUAAGGAAUACAAAGAGUUGGAAAGCAGAAGGAAGAGGCAAUUAUUGAGGGAUCUCUCUGGACUGCAAGGAAGGAAUGGGAGUAUCCAAGCCAAGGCUAUCCAAAUCUUACCUUCUCACGAGUUGGUUAAUACUAGAAUAGCAGAACAUCUACGUGACAGCCAGAGCUUAGCCAGAAUGCUGGCUGAUUAUCGGGCCAGAGGAGGGAGGAUACUGCAGAAAAGCACAGAUCCCUUUGCCCAAACUAAGGAUGUGUCUAGUGUCCCUACUGGAAAAACUGGGUGCAGAAUUGAAGAGGAGGAGAAGGGACUGGCCCAGAGUGAAUCUUCAUGGUCUCAUAAGGUGGAUUGCCUGAGUCCAGUCAACCAUCAGAGGCUCUGUGUUCUCUUCAGUAGCUCUUCUGCUCAGUCCAGCAAUGCUCCAAGUGCCUGUGUUAGCCCCUGGAUUGUGACCAUGGAGUUCUAUGGGAAAAAUGACCUAACUCUUGGGAUUUUUCUGGAGCGCUACUGUUUCAGGCCUUCCUACCAGUGCCCCAGCAUGUUCUGUGAAACACCAAUGGUGCACCACAUCCGUCGCUUUGUUCACGGGCAAGGCUGUGUGCAAAUUGUGUUAAAGGAGCUGGACUCCCCAGUCCCUGGGUACCAGCACACCAUUCUUACUUACUCCUGGUGCAGGCUGUGCAAACAGGUGACACCAGUUGUUCCUCUUUCCAAUGACUCUUGGUCCAUGUCUUUUGCAAAAUACCUUGAGCUGAGGUUCUAUGGGUACCAAUACACUCGAAGGGCCAAUGCAGAGCCUUGUGGUCAUUCCAUUCAUCAUGACUAUCACCAGUAUUUUUCCUAUAAUCAGAUGGUGGCAUCUUUCAGCUACUCUCCAAUCCGGCUGCUUGAAGUAUGUGUCCCACUCCCCAAGAUAUACAUCAAACGGCAGGCUCCAUUAAAAGUUAAUAUUUUGCAGGAUCUCAAGGAUUUCUCACAAAAAGUGUCACAAGUGUAUCUCGCUGUCGAUGAUCGCCUUGCUUCUCUGAAAACGGAUACUUUCAGCAAAACGAGGGAAGAGAAGAUGGAAGACCUCUUUGCCCAAAAGGAGAUGGAAGAAGGGGAGUUUCGAAACUGGACUGAGAAAAUCCAAGCAAGGCUGCUUUCAUCAUCAUUAGACACGCCUCAACAACUGCAAUCUGUUUUUGAGUCUCUGAUAGCUAAAAAGCAAGGACUUUGUGAGAUGCUACAAGCCUGGAAUAAUAGAUUACAGGAUCUCUUCCAGCAAGAAAAAGGGAGAAAACGUCCAUCAGUACCUCCCAGCCCUGGGAGACUAAGGCAAGGUGAAGAAAGCAAGAUCAGCAGCAUGGAUGCUUCCCCACGCAAUGCUUCUCCAGCACUGCAAAAUGGAGAGAAAGAGGAUCGUUUCUUGACUACUUUGUCAAGUCAGAGCUCCACAGGCUCCUCGCAUCUGCAGCUACCCACAUCUCCAGAGGUUGUAUCGGAGCAUACAGCUGGUGCCAGCACACUCUCUGAACAGGAUACAACAAGCAGCUCAGAAGAUGUGUUUGAUGGACACUCAUUGGGAUCUACAGACAGCCAAGUGAAGGAGAAGUCUACUAUGAAAGCUAUUUUGGCUAACUUUUUGCCUGGAAACAACUAUAACCCCAUUCCAUUUCCCUUACCUCUUCCAAGGGUUGGACUCAAAUUGGCAUUUUCUGGGUGUAGUGACCCGGAUAAGCACUACCUGAUGUAUGAGCAUGAACGUGUACCUAUUGCUGUCUGUGAGAAAGAACCAAGCUCCAUCAUAGCUUUUGCUCUCAGUUGCAAGGAGUACAGAAAUGCCCUGGAUGAGUUGUCCAAAGCAUCUCUGAAGAACAGCUCUGAAGAAGUACUACAACCGAACAGCAUGUCGGACAGCAAACCGAAGAGCAGUAGCCCUGUCCGCCUGCCCGAGGCCAACACGGGCCCUUCAAAUCGCAGUGCAGAACCAGAGCAGCCAAAGAAAACAUCUGGUGUUCUGUCUUUCUUCCGUGGCACGGGAGGGAAGAGCCCAGACCUGUCUUCCCAGAAGAAAGAGACCUUACGUGGUGCUGACAGUGCUUAUUACCAAGUUGGACAGAUGGGCAAGGAGGGAGCAGAAAACCAAGGAGCAGAGACUCAAGAUGAUGGAGAUGGAGGAGAUGGCCAGAAGAAACAGCUGGUGAAUCCCCAUGUGGAGCUCCAGUUUUCAGAUGCGAAUGCCAAGUUCUACUGCCGGAUUUAUUAUGCUGGCGAGUUCCACAAGAUGCGUGAGGUGAUAUUGGGAAGCAGUGAAGAGGAUUUCAUCCGGUCCCUCUCUCACUCUAUGCCCUGGCAGGCACGAGGUGGCAAGUCUGGAGCUGCGUUCUAUGUGACUGAGGAUGAUAGAUUCAUCUUGAAGCAAAUGCCUCGUCUGGAAGUCCAGUCAUUCCUUGAUUUUGCUCCACACUACUUCACUUACAUCACUAAUGCAGUUCAGCAGAAGAAGCCCACAGCACUCGCCAAAAUCCUUGGGGUAUAUCGAAUUGGUUACAAGAACUCUCAAAACAACACUGAAAAGAAGCUGGAUCUGCUUGUUAUGGAAAACCUUUUCUAUGGCAGGAAAAUGGCUCAGGUGUUUGACCUGAAGGGUUCCCUCCGGAAUAGAAAUGUUAAAACUGAAACGGGCAAGGAAACUUGUGAUGUGGUCCUGCUGGAUGAGAACCUUCUGAAGAUGGUUCGAGACAAUCCUUUGUACAUCCGUUCCCAUUGCAAAGCUGUGCUGAGAGCUUCCAUACACAGUGAUUCCCAGUUCCUCUCCAGCCAUCUCAUCAUCGACUAUUCCCUGCUGGUGGGUCGUGAUGAUACCAACAAUGAGCUGGUUGUUGGGAUCAUUGACUAUAUUCGCACUUUUACCUGGGACAAAAAGCUUGAAAUGGUAGUAAAGUCAACUGGCAUCUUGGGAGGACAAGGUAAGAUGCCCACUGUGGUCUCUCCAGAACUGUACCGGACCAGGUUUUGUGAAGCUAUGGACAAGUAUUUCCUGAUGGUGCCAGACCAUUGGACAGGACUGGGCCUGAAUUGCUAAGUUAAAGCCCAUAUUGGGAAACAACAAGAGGGCAGUGACAUUAUAGGCCACUCUCGUCCAGCGGUCUGUCCAGAGGAUUGCAGUUCCAUGUUUACUCGGACCACGUGUGUCAUGUUGGGAAGUGUGAAAUCUGCUUGUUGCACUUUAAUCCUCUCUUGGAGGAUGAUAAGCAAACCUGCCUCGGUAAGGAUGUAAGAUGUAAGGUACCACAGAACAGCAUUGAUGAGACAUCCCUUCUGUCAGUAGGGAAGGUGAUACUCCUUGAAGGAGUACAGGAAUGAGAUACUGUGCGGAUCCUGAUGGUGUAGAAGUACAUGAUCUCUGUAAGUCUUGCACUGCCAAAAUGGUGUUGAAUGUGUGCAGCUCAUGUUUCUGUAGCAGAUGCGUGGUACUGCAAAUGUGAAAUAAACCUCCUGUGUGUGGAUGAGUGAGAGAAGAAUGAAGUUAAUUCAUGAGUUCUACUAUUGUUGCAGUGGUCUGUAGUUGACCUGUUUAGGAUCCAUUAAUACCUUGUCCUGCUUAUGCUCCACAGUUUGAAUUUUUCCUGGGUUCUGUGAACAGUAUUUUUUUAAGGCAGCUCCACAUCUGUAAAGCCCUAUGACUCCAUCUUUAAGCUGUAUUACUGCAGUACAACUCUGUCUCUAUCUGUCAUAAUUUCAUUUUAGCUGAGUCCCAUAAAAUGGGUUAUCAGUCAUCAGCAUACUGCAAACUCCAAAGCAUAUCCUGUCAGUCCUAAACAGAACUUUGAUCUGAACAUUGCCCAAAUCCCUGGAAACAGGUAACUAAAAAAUAUAGCCUUUAAUUUAACAAGACUUGAUUAAUUAUAGCUAUGAAGCAGAUUAACCCUUUCCGUAGUAGAAGGCACUAAGUUGCUAGACAAAGUGAAGCAUACUGCUUUAGAGUGACAACUUUCUCCUUAAUGCAACCAUCAUUCCUGGCAGAUCACUUCAAAGCCAUUUCAGCUCCUCUGGACUUUCAAGCAAUGCAUUUACCUCAUUGUGAAGCUUUGCCAGGAGAAUGUUUUUCUUGCAUUUGUGACAUGAAUAUUUUUUUUGUCACUGAGAUGAAUGUAGUUGUUGUUUUCUGUAAAAAGGAAAACCUGUACUAACAGGUAUCUUGUAUAAUGGAUAAGAUGUACAGAGAUCUGUGAAUCUCUAUAUUAUGACAAUAAGCACUUCUUUCCAUUUUUACUAAUUUUUACCUGGUUUUGUAGGUGAUGAGUUUACUUUUUAGUGUCAUUAUAAUAUAGGCCAGUAAACAAGACUUUUUUUAUGAGUUUGAAAGGCAAGAAUACUGUCCUUUGAUUUCUAGUUUCUAGUGGAAGGACUUGAAAUGAAUAUGGAAUCUGGGGCAGGAUAGCUCUUUGUGAUCACUUGCUUGUUCUAACCAGUUGCCUGAUAAUGCCUUGUUCACUGUACUACAGAUUGAAAUGUGCAUUUUCAUCACUCCUCCCGUGUUCAGUAUUGUCUUCUGCAGCAGAUGUUGGUGGCUGUUCAGCAAUGACAGCUGGGCAACACUGAGAAGGAAAAAAGCCAGCCGUGAGAAUUGAGCUGUUGGCUCCAAAACCAAGCAGUGUGUAGCUCACGUCUGAGCUGCCAGAGGCAACAGUCAUUUGUGUUGGAAGAAUUCUUCUCCACCCUAUUGCAAAACCAUACUACAGGAUGAGCAAAAAUGCUUGAAGCAGCAGAAAUUAAAGUAUUCUCACUUCCUCAGUACAAUGUAAUAGUUGUUUCUGGGGGUGCAGUGAUGUGUGCUGUGGGAAGAUGACACAGUACUCCUUGCUUACUCUACCCAGAAUUCCUUAAGUCCAACAUAGUACAUCAGGUACAGCUGAUCACCUCUGGGAUACAUCUCACCUCCUUUGUUGACAUGUACUCCCAGGAUGCCUAGCUGUGUGUGGGGCCUUGUUUAAUCAGGUCAAGCAGUUCAUCAGCUCAGUGCUACUCUCACUUCUGUGGCCUCUACCUUCUGUCUUGGUUCAUCAAUGUGAAAGAACAUGCCAUGCAGCCUGAAUCUGUUCCGGUCUCAGUUGAAGUUUACAUAUUUCAUCCUCCUUCCCUUCCUAAAGUUUACAGAGAAAAAACUUGACUUUCAGUUAAGGUGACCCAACAGCAGCUAAUUAUGUUGUCUUCCAGCUUUGUCAGUAUGUGGAUUGGUUGAUGGAAGCACAUCAAGGCAUCUGCACUGGGCUAAUGUAGAGCUGUGACAUGCUAGCCCGAUCCUGUCAUUAGUAGUCCUCACUGCUAUGAUGUGUGGCUCCUCUGUACUGCUUGUCUUCCAGAGUCUCAAGCAGCUGGCUCUAAAGCAACUUGAUCGUCUAAUGGUAGCUAAUACUCCCCUGUACAUGACAGCACGAGGCCCUCAGCACUGCAGAAGUGAGAGAACCUUCCAUUGUUUUUCCAUAUAUGUUCAGAGGUGGGAAUUGUGACCUUCUUGGGCUGAAGUUGCAGAAGUUGGAGAGAUUUGCAGGAGUUACCUUGAAGUGGCAUUUAUAGCUGAUGUUGGGCCAGGAUGUGGCUGAUAGACUAAUCCUGACUAGGCUGGAGUAAGUAGCAAACUACUGAUCCUGAGGAAACACAGUAGCUGCAGUAUCAACUGGAAUUGGGACACCUUUGGGCACCAUGUCACAUAAAGCUGUAAGCGUUUCUAGUUCAAAUCCCAGCAGCUGAAUGGGUCUCCUCCAAUGUUCCCUUUUCAGAAUAAGAGUUGUCCUGGCAUUUCAAUUGCUACAAGGUUGACUUUCUCAGGAGAGCAGUGCUUCAUGCAGAAGAGAUCUUGGAGAGAGCUCCUUGGGAGGCUGUGUUAGGUGUGUGUCCCUGUAGAACGCCUAAGGAUGAAUCCUUUGGUCAGAGUUUUCUUUACAACACAGGUUUAGUAUAUAUGUGCGUAAGAAAAUCUCAGUUUCAAACAUGAAGACUGCAUUUCUUCAGAGCUACACUGGCUGUUUUUCUUCUGUUGUUUUGAUCUGAGGCCUUGUGACAAAUGUCUAAAUCUUGUCCCAGUCAGAAGCAAUGACUUAGAGGCAUCAUGUAGACAGUAGAAUGCCUUGUAGUGGCCCAGGGGUCCGUUCUGUCCCUAAAAAGCACAGGGGACUCUUGCUGAUAAGGAGUUAAGCUGGGCUCAGAGAAUUAAGUUACCUGUGGACUCUCCUCUGGGAGAAUGACCAAAACCAAAUGAAUUGCUCACUAGCUGGUGGCCAGACUAGUCAUUAUUCAAAGCACUUAAUGUACCAUAAUGUAUGUAUUUUUAUUCUACCUUGGUUCAGCUGUAUUUUAUAAAAUUGAUGUACUAAACUAUUUGAGAAUAACCACCUUGACUACCUGGAGAAUCAAAAUGUAAUGUAUAUAGAUACAAAUAAAGUGACUAAAGUACA